AUGCUCCGGGCACUGGCCUCAGUCAGUGCGGCCUUGGUGUCCCGAGCGGCAGGGCGGGGACGGACCAUGGCCUCCCAGCAGCUCCUGGUGCCGCCCCCGGAGGUGCUCCUGAAGCCGCUCUCCAUCCCCAAGCGGCUUCUGCUCGGACCUGGCCCUUCUAAUCUGGCCCCGAGGGUACUGGCCGCUGGGAGCCUGCAGAUGCUCGGUCACAUGCACAAGGAGAUGUACCAGAUCAUGGAUGAGAUCAAGAAGGGCGUCCAGUAUGUGUUCCAGACCAAGAACCCGCUCACCCUGGUCAUCAGCGGCUCCGGGCACAGCGCCAUGGAGGCCGCCCUGGUCAAUGUGCUGGAGCCGGGGGACUCCUUCCUGGUGGGCGCCAACGGCCUUUGGGGGCUGCGGGCCGUGGACAUUGGGGAGCGCAUCGGAGCCCGUGUGCACCCCAUGAUCAAGGACCCUGGAGGUCAUUACACUCUACAGGAGGUGGAGGAGGCUCUGGCCCAGCACAAACCAAAGCUACUGUUCCUGACCCAUGGGGAAUCGUCCAGCGGCGUGCUGCAGCCCCUUGAUGGCUACGGGCAGCUGUGCCACCGGUACAAGUGUCUGCUCCUUGUGGACUCUGUGGCCUCACUGGGCGGGACCCCCAUCUACAUGGACCAGCAAGAGAUUGACAUCCUGUACUCGGGUGCCCAGAAGGUUCUGAACGCCCCCCCGGGGACCUCGCUCAUCUCCUUCAGCAACAAGGCCCGAGAGAAAAUCUAUUCACGGAAGACCAAGCCCUAUUCCUUCUGCCUGGAUGUGAAGUGCCUGGCCAACUUCUGGGGCUGCGAGGAUGAGCCCAGGAUGUACCAUCACACCACCCCUGUCAUCGGCUUGUACAGCCUGCGGGAAGGCCUGGCCAUCCUUGCAGAGCAGGGACUGGAGAACAGCUGGCGCAGGCAUCGCGAGGCCACGGCCUACCUGCAGGGACGCCUGCAGGGUCUGGGCCUUCAGCUCUUCAUCAAGGAUCCGGCACUCCGGCUGCCCACAGUUACCACAGUGGCCGUGCCUGCCGGCUAUGACUGGAGGGACAUUGUCAACCACAUCAUAGACCACCACGGCAUCGAGAUCACAGGUGGCCUCGGGCCCUCAGUGGGGAAGGUACUGCGCAUUGGUCUGCUCGGCUGCAAUGCCACCCGGGAGAACGUGGACCGCGUGAUUGAGGCGCUGAAGGAUGCCCUACAGCGCUGUCCCCGGAACAAGCUGUGA